AUGUCAUUGUCAAUUUACCGUCUACCAUAUAAUGUCAUACCAGUUUCUAUGGACAAAAAAUUUAGCACUAUUGAACAUUUGGUCCUCAAUCAUGAUUGUGAUCUUAAUGAACUUAUUUAUAUACUUUCUUAUACACCUCAUCUUCGACAUUUAACUUGUCAAUAUUUGACUGGAUUCUAUGAUUUUGAUACAAAUAAAUUACUGUUAACAUUACCUAACUUAACAUAUGUUUCUUUUGUUCGUUGUGAAGUAGAUUUCGAUACAUUAGAAAAUUUUAUGAAAAAAAUCUCUUCUCAACUACAAACAUGGCAUUUAAAUACAUCUGAAGACAUGACUUAUCUUGAUACGAAUCGAUGGAAACGAUUAAUCGAAAUGAAUAUGCCACACUUGUGCAAAUUUCAUUUCAAUUAUCAUGUAUUUUAUAAUUAUCAUGAUAUUGUUCUAAAUUGUGAAGCAAUCAAUCAGUUCACAUCAAUAUUUUGGACUGAACGUCAAUGGUUCUUUGAGUUAAAAUGUGAAAUUAAUAAAUUGGUGUAUUCUAUUCAUCCAUAUCGGUAG